AUGAACUCUUGCUUCCCGUUCCUCGUCAGCAAGCAGGCCGUCGGGGUCAACGAGGAGCGCAGAAAGCGUCUGGACAUGCUGAAGCAAGCGGAGGAGGUGAAGGAAAGACGCAAGGGGAGUCACAAUAGCAGGGGCAGGAAUCUUGCGAAGGCAGACGACCGAGACGAGGUUCUCAAGACGAUCGUUCUGCAGGGACGUGGAAGCCAUGGCCUGUUGAGGGAGGAGAGCAGGAGCAUCGACAGCGACGUCGUCACCAUGCCAUCCCUGGAUGAGCAGAGCAGACAAAAGAAGCCCGAGGAGGAGGAGGAGGAGGAGGAGGAGCAGCAGCAAACGAUGCAGGAGACACGACGAGAAGGGAUCAGGUGGAGGGGAAGGGGAAGUGGAAGGAAGGUGCUAGCCAGGGAGCAGAACUACUACUCCUACUUCGAUCACAGCCGGAGGAGGCUCGCAAGCAGGUAG